AUGUCUCAAGAAACUUUAGCUGCCUGCCAAUCUCUCGACAAAUUCGCUCAUCCAAAGAAGGUUUCACCUGUUUAGAAGUCCCAGAUUAUUGAAGAGCCUCCUUUAUAAAAGAAGAUAAAGCCAACUGAACCAGGUGAAGAUUAACUAAGUCUACUUUUGAAAUGGAGAAGCUCAUACAUCCCUCCUCAAAAACCCACCAACGAAGAUGAAUAUAAGAAAAUUAUAUGUAAGGAUAUAUCAAGCGAAAAACUUGAAUAGCAUGCAGGAGAUGUUUCUGCUUUAUUUAUUAAUAUAAAAUGGAAGUUAUCUGAAGGAUAAAGUGGCAAGUCAAUAGAAGAUUUAAAAAAAUUAGCAAUUAGCGAUAAGCUGAUUAACAAUGGCAUCAUAUUUAUUUGGAGCGAAAAGGAAAUAUUAAGUUAAAUUGUUGACGUCCUUGAAGCAAAAGGAUUCAAUUAUAUAGAAAAUUUCAUGAUUAACUAGCUUUCAGCAGACAAAGCUCUAGAAAUGUAAAGAAAAAAUUAAAAUUAGUAAAGUAAAGAGAAAAAAAUUACAGAUUUCUUUAAGAGAUUAACACCUCAAAAGAAUAUUUGGUCUGAUAUAACUCCAGAACAGUGUAUUGAAUAAGAAAAGUUCCCUCCAAAUAACUAUGUCUAAGAUAUUUUUGUAAAUAGUGAAUACAGUUUUUUCAGAAAAUCAAAAAAAAUCCUUUUAAUGCUUCGUAAAUUCAAUAAAGAUGCUUAACUUGAAUUAAGACAUUAGCGUACUUCUGACAUAUUCUUUGAUAUUUUUGAAUAAAACAAGCCAAAUGAUGUAAGCAAAAAAGGAAUGGAAUUUGUUUAUAAAAUGAUAGAAACCCUCCUUCCCAAAGCUAAUUAUAGCGAAGAAAAUAAAGGAGCUUUUAAAAUGAUGGAAUUGUAUGCUGAUGAUAAGUCUUAACCUAGAAAGGGAUGGAUAAGCGUAUAUGAAUAAGAGUGA